UUUUUCCCCUUUAGCUAUAUACUCCCUUUGUAUAUACCUCUCGGGGUCUCUGUCUUUUCUACUACAACUCAAUCAACCCAUCCAGAUCUAUGAACUAAUAAUUACUCUCCCUUACGAUUUUUAAAUAUUUCCCUUUUAAUUUUAGAAGUUCUUUUUUCGGGUACUUACCUUAACAUUUUCUUCAUAGCUAGAUUCAAAUUUCAGGUACAGGUUAGGAAGCAAGAGUUGUCGUACGAUAAUUGGGCAAAUGGGAAAAGAAAUCGAUCUCAAAGGUUCAAUUUCAACAGCUUCAACUUCAACAGCUUCAGCUUCAAUGGUUAAGAAAAUAGAAUCUGGUUCAACUUCAACAGCUUCAGGUUCAACUUCAACACCUUCAAAUCUGACGAGUAAUAUCAUCAUGGAACAUCAUUCUAUUUCGUCGCCACCACGUUUUGAUGGCAAAAAUUUCACUGAGUGGAAGGAGCGUAUGAGAACAUUCAUACAAUCUGUUGAUUUCAAGCUUUGGCUUGUGAUAAAAAAUGGACCAAAAGUUCCAACAAAGCUAGUAGACAAUGAAGAAGUGGAGAAAAGUGAAGAUGAAUAUGAUGAAGAAGACAUGAAGAAUUCGGAACUAGAGGCCAAAGCAAGACAUAUUUUAUAUUGUACCUUGAAUGCAGAUGCCCCUAAAAUAUUUUCAGAGGGCCACAAAACAGCCAAACAAAUUUGGGACGAGCUUGACAGGGAAAUGACAGGGGCCAACUCUCCCUCACCACAACUCAUCAGCCACCGUCCAAGCGUUCCAUUGAAUUAUCCAGAUCUCUACUUUUUAGAUGAAACAAGGGAAUCGAUGGACAAAUUUCUGAAGUUUUGCGUGCCCCUUCACAAGUGUGCUCUAAGAGGCAAUUGGCGAGAAGCCAAAUGCAUAUUAGAUGAAGAUCAUAGACUAAAGCACGCGGCAAUAACAAGAGAGUGGAGUACAUUGCUGCAUAUUGCUGCAGGUGCAAACCAAUUUGUCUUUGUGGAGAAACUGCUGCAAGAACUCAAUGAUGAACACAUUGUAUUGCAAGAUAGCAAGGGCCAGACUGCCUUCUGCUUGGCUGUUGCAUCUGGGAACAUGCCUAUUGUUCGUUUGUUGAACCAUAUAAAUCCACGCUUGCUAAUGAUCAGGGAUAGAAAUGAAAAUACCCCUAUUCAGUUUGCUUUGAUGCAAGGAAAAUCCAAUGUGGCACAGUUUCUAUACUACAACAUGAUGGAUAUAGUAGAAUUCGAUGAUCAGGACAAGAAGUCGUUGUUCUUCACUGCUAUCAAGGCUGGCAACUACCACAUGGCCGCAAGGAUGGCAGAAGAUUGGGAAGAGAUAGCUUUUGCACGUGAUGAGAAUAAUGAAACAGCUUUACAUGUCUUGGCUUUAAAUGACAAGAUGAACCACGGGAAGAAACAAAGUAUGUUUUUCCAAUUGGUUAAAUUUCUUUGGAACCGUAUCCUUGGCCAGCAAAACUUCUCGGGGGCAAUUAGAAUCAUAAGUGAACCUUCUAAACUAUUAUUCAAUGCUGCAAAAGUUGGUAAUUUUGGAUUCUUGUCAGAGCUUAUUAGUUCUCACCCUAGCUUGAUAUGGGAAGUGGAUGACAAAAGGCAAAGUAUAAUUCACACAGCGGUUUCGCAUCGCCACUCCUCCAUCUUCAAUCUGAUACAUGAAAUAGGGUCGGCAAAGGAUGUUAUAUUAUCAUAUAUUGUGCAAGAAAACAACACUAUAUUGCAUUUGGCAGCAAAAUUAGCCCCACCAGGUCGACUUGGAUUAGUUUCUGGAGCACCAUUCCAAAUGUGCCUCGAGUUAAUAUGGUUUGAGGAGGUGAAGAAGAUAAUGCCACCAUCCUUUAUAAUGUUUAAAAAUUCUGAUGGCCUAACUGCUCAAGAAUUAUUCACAAUGGAGCAUGAGGGAUUGCGGAAAGAAGGAGAGGAAUGGAUGAAACGCACUGCUGAGUUUUGUAUGCUUAUUUCAACUGUUAUUGCCACAGCAGUGUUCUCUGCAGCAGUUAACAUACCAGGCGGUAUUGAUGAGCAAACAAAGAAACCAAAUUACUUGGACAAAACAUCAUUCCUGGUAUUUGCAAUUUCUGAUGCUGCUGCAUUUGUCUCAUCUGCAAUCGCGAUAUUAAUAUUCUUGUCAAUUAUUGUCUCACCUUAUGCGGAGUAUGACUUUUACAAGUCACUGCCCUUGAAGUUAAUAUGUGGACUUGUAACUCUAUUCAUCUCCAUAGCAUGCAUGAUGGUAGCAUUUGACAGUGCCUUCUUCAUCACGUACAAUUAUGGUUCCAAGGUGGUUCCUAAUUUAAUUGCAGUACUUGCGUGUGUACCAAUGCUUCUAUUUAUAGCUUUGCAAUUUCCAUUAUGGUCAGAUAUCAUCUACGCGGCCUUCUAUUGUAGGACUAUGUUUAAGUCAAGUAAACGUAUGAUUCACUUACUAGACUAGCAAAAGGCAUUGUAACAAGAUCAUAUUUUGAUUUGUUGAAGUUGUAAUAUAUUAUUUCGACUUAAACACUAAUAUUGAAUGUCUAAUAUGAUCAUGUACAACUCUCCAGGAAACAAUGUGGUAUUAAACCUUAAUGUAGAAAUGAGAGACAAUGUGUUGUUUGGGAUAA